AUGUUUUCGCUAACUCGCGGCGACGUUGCUGUAGGCUUCGUCUUAUUUACUUUCCGUUCGUGUGUGGCAACAAUCGAGGAAUACACGCCGUUAUUCAUGGCACAAUUAGGAUACAGUACAUUGUAUAUUGGUAUCGUUCCUUUAUUUGGUUUUGUCACUCAGUUAAUUGGUAUUCCGCUUGCUGGUUAUCUAUCUGACAUUCGAGUAAGAAAAAUAAUGCUGUUGUUAUGUAUUGUUAUAUCAAUUCCAACUAUAUUACUGUUUCUGGUGCCAAAUGCCCCUGAUGCACCAUGCGAAUUAUUACCACAGAGAAACUCUAGCUUUGGUAAUAACACUACGAAACCCGCGGCGAUUGCGAAUUUAUUGGACAAGAACAGCGACACAGGAUUUACCUUCUUUCUGAUAAUAUUUUUCUUGCGGGGUAUUUAUGAGCUAUUCAAAAAACUAUCUGUUAGUUUAAUAACAGUAGCAACGAUGACUCACAUUAAGGAUGAUAAAGCCAAGCUGGGUUACUACGGGUGUUGGGGUGAACUCGGCGCUGGAAUUUCGCUUUUCGUUGUUGGUGUAUUGGCUGGCCACAUAUUUCAUUCUGUUUGCGGUGAAAAAGUACCCAGUUACUAUGUGGCUUUUUUGUACGCGGCCGCCGUUCAGUGUUUGACUCCACUUGCUUUACCAUGGAUGAAAUAUGAAUAUCUUGAGAAACGCGUCGUUAAUAAUGCUGAAGUAAAACGUGUCCUCUAUAAUCCGCACUAUAUUUUAAUCCUGUUUAUCUGCGCACAUGCAGGUCUCUGCAGCGCAUUUCAAUUGCGUUGGGAGUUCUGGUAUAUGGAACAGCUGGGUGGUAGUCCAUUUGUAAUGGCAGUUGGUGGCCUGCUCAGGCGACCAAUCGUUGCUGUUUGGUUCGUAUUAUCACCUGCUGUUAUUGGGAAACUUGGUGAGCUCAAUGUUAUAGCUAUUUCGCUGUUUAUUUUUGCUGCCGCGUUUGCGGCUCUUGCGUUCGCAGAAAAUGCCUGGCUUGUCAUUGUCUACGAUAAUUUUCAAGCAGCAUCUUUUGUCCUGACGUAUACAUCAUUUGUUAUUCACUUCUCAAAAGCAGGCUCUAAAGCAUCUUCUGCAUUUUUUCAAGGUAAACUGUUAUGUCCUUUUUAUCAUAAUUAUUCAAUGUAUGUAACAUGCAUCUACACUGCGUAAAAUAUUUGGGUUAUUAAGUGAAUGUCCCGGAUUAAAUUUCUUUGUUAUUUAUUUAUUUUUGAACAGGCCUAACCAGAAAAUCUGGUUGUAAUUGAACCAGGAUUAAUUCCUGAUUAAAUUAGCCAGGUUAUGAUCAGAUGGACACGCAACCAGGAACCUGGCUAGAAUUUAACCCAUUCUGAUUAAAAUUAUUCAGUAAAUUAUAAGUACCUUUUGGAUAACUAUAUAAGUAAAGCAAUAUAUUAGUCUUCUCAUCCAGACUUAUCAUAGCUGCUUAACGUAAUAAUGAUGAUAUAAUGCCAACAAACUAGCCAACUAGGUUAGCCUGUUAAUUACUUAAUUAAUGUUAUUUUUGCUGGUCAUAUACUAGGUGUUACUGUCGCAAGGAAAGUGCUGCCUCCAAUAUAGCUGCUAGAGUAGCAAUUGAUGUCCUAUAAGUUAUGUUUGUAAAAAUGUGUAAAUUUUUACGGGUUGAUCAAUGUCAUUUUUUGGCUCAACAGGCUCUACAAGUAGUAGAUUUGUGUCAAUCACAGACCUACAUAGCUCGUAAAAAAACUAGAAAGUCUAUUGAUAUGUUCAUAUAUGCAACAUGAAACUCUAAUAAUUGUUGGCAGGGUUGUCUACAGACAACCAUUCGUCACCUGGGAUUAAACAUUAGUUAGAGCUUUAUGUAUAUCAUGUCACCUUGCAGUAAUACAUUAUCAAUCGUUUUUGAGGACCAUUCGAUCAUAAAACCCGUACCCUUAAUGAAACUUCGAUGAAAUAUAUAAAAACAUUUUACACGACAUACUUUUUCAAAGAAUGCAAUUAAUUAUAUGUUGACAGAUGUUCUGUAUAUUACGUUUGUCAAUUGGAGUGGACAUUGGAAAGUUUUAGCCCAAGCUUUAACGCAAGACAUCCCUACCCUACUACCGACCGACGCAAAGUCGAGAUCCCAGUCUUUCGAGCGAUCUAUAUAUAUAUUGUUGCGCUGAGUGAACUCUGGAGAAACCUUAUAGGUGUCAAGAAUAGUGUGUUGGCUCGCUGCGCUCGUAGCGAUUAAGUAUGUUGUAUUUUGAAGCAAUAUCAGAGUCUUAACGCGUGUAUUCUAAAAGCGCACUCACACUCAAUGAGUGGAAGUUCAAUCUGAGCUUCUCUCGAGUGCCAUUGCUGUUUUUGAAUAGCUGGAGGGUUAGUGUUGUACCUUACUGUGUGACUACUCACCCUCCAGCUAUUCAAAAACAGCAUUCACAGGGAAGCUGAGAUUGAAUUAGCCUUUCUCACGAUGACAAAUAUCCGCCAUUUUUGGGUGGCAUGUAAUUCUCGUUAACCAAUGCAGACAAUUAAAACAAUGUGAAAAGCAAUUUUUCAAAAUAAACUAACCAUUUACAAAGCAAAUUUACCAUCAUUCGUCCAAAAAAAAUUAUAAAACGUCGCUGUUAUGUGGACUUAUCUCCCAGACUUCGGCUGAAAUGUCACCCAAAAAUGGCGGCGUGAGAAAGGCUAAUUACCUCCACACUGAGUGUGAGUGCGUUUUUAGAAUACGGGCGUAAGAUUUCAAAUUUGAGAUUUCAAAUCUAUAUCAAAUUCUGCAUAAAUCGAAUCGUUUUGUGUUUGAGCUAGAUCGGUCAUGCAAAAUGGCUUUUACAAAGAUGCAACUUAUCCAACCUUUUGACAGAGCUCUUUAUCUAUUGAAGUGACCACUAGUGACCAUUAGUUUUUUACUGGAAAAUUUAAGAAGGAAGAAAGGCAACUGAUGCAGUUCCUAUCUAGAUAAUAAAUUCCCUUAGUCUUUUGAACUAAAUAUCCAGAAAUUGCAAGUAAACAGAAAUUUCAUUGAAAGCCAUUUAUAUGACAUAAUAUUGGAUAAGUGUUGUGCUUUCCGCAAAACAAAAGAAUUAUAUUUAUUAAUUUAUUAUCACGCAGCGAUAAUAAUUGGUCUGUUUCUGCGGUUCGGCGAAGAGCCGAAAACUAUUUGGCCUCAUUGGACGUUGCCGUUGGUUUUCUGAAAUGCCCAGAAAACUAAUUGAUCUUUUUGACUUACUCGUAUCCAGUCGUCUUAGCUAUAUUAAAUACAAAUAUAGAUCAGUGGACUGGAGGUAAUGACCAUGCAUGCUUUCUUCAAACCUCAUUCAGGGACUAUGUACGGGUCUGCCUUUUUCAAGCUGCGCAGACAUAAACCUCGGCAGUUUAUUCUUGAUUACAUUAUAGUAUACUAGCCUGCGACAUACACGGAUUUUCAGGGGGGAGCGAAGCAUAGGAGCGAAGGGACGCGUUACGCCGCUGAGCAAACUGCAGCUGAUGUCUGGGGGCAGAGUCGCUAAUGGAAACAGGGUUGGGGGGUAAGGGAGCGAAGCCCCAACAAACAUUUUGAGAUAUUUGGUUUUAUUUAGUUCAAAAUCCUUAUUUUAAUUAUACUAGUGUCAUUUAAUCCAAUGUGUUGGCAUUUACGUUUCUGGGUGUAUGUGAAAAUUUCUCUAGGUGGGAUGGCGACUUUCUGAGGGGGUUCAAAGUAAUCAGUGCACCGAAAUUUGUUUGCAGGCUAAUAUACUGCAUUGAAUAAUGAGAUGUGUCCAGACCUAAUUUUCCCCUGAUUGUUUCAGCAGCAGUCAGCCUAAUGGUUCAUGGAACUGGAAAAGAAAUUGGCACAUUAAUAAUGGGGUUUCUUUUUGAUAAAAUUGGUACGAAACUGACUUUGUGUUUUUGUUCCAUCGUCACCAUGAUUUGGCUUGCUGUGUUCACCACCUACAUCUUAACUGCCAAGGACCUUGAUGGCUACAUGCAAGUCCCAACGGAAGAGGACGAAAAUGACGACGAUAAGGACUAGCCUCGCAGCAUGGGGAAGUACUUAAUGUUGCCUAAAACCUCACUAAAACCUGUAAAUUUCCUAAGGGAAUGAUAUAAUGUAGAAAAACCAAGUUAAAUUAUGUGGAAAAUGUCUUAGUUUGUCUCAGCUAGUAUUAAAAGCCCAUGCUAUGUAUAAGCUCUGAGACCAAAACAAUGUGCGGGAUCGUAGCUUUAAUUAGGGCCGCCGAGAGGGUAGGGCACUUUUCCCCGAACCCCCAGCUCAAAAGGGCCCCCCAAAGCAACGAAAGCCCUUAGAUUUUCUUGAUGCAAAAUUGCUUAUCUGACGAAAUGAAUCCAAGCUGCGUUAGUGCCGGGUGAUUUGCAAUGAAGUUUAAUAUUACUGCAAAACACCGCUUCACCUGUUUUACAAUUAUGAUGUCAUAGGGGAUCCCGAGAAAGUUUUGCCCCUGUCGGCGGCUCACUAGAGAGCUGGGGCCGGUUGUUCAACCCUGGAUUAGCCUUACCCUCGGUUAAUAUUUAACCUGCUGUUUUAGUUUAUGUAUUUCUGCACGUCUGUUUAUUUCAGAUGAAAACUCCUGCUGAUCCAGACAACAUUUCUGAGGAAAUAUUUCCAAAUUUAUAAACAAACCUGUUAGGAAAUUUGAUUCAAAUUUUAGGUUAACCUAAGGUUAAUUAAGCUAAUUGACUUUCAAACAACCAGCCCCUGUAGAUUUGACCUUGAAUAGGACUAUGAGAUCAACCUCGUACCCAGGAUCUUUCUGAAAGAUCCUGGGUAGGCCACAUUCUUGUGGCUCUUUUCCACUCAUCGCAAAAGGAACUCGCAAGCUCGCUACGAAGUGAGGUUAGCACUAUUUUCCAUCCAGCAAAUUGACCUGACGUCAUUUUUGGAAGAGGUGUUAAAUGGCUAUGUAAUUAACCCAAACCCUACCCCUAUUCUAACCCCUAGCUAACCCUAACCGCAACCCUAACUCUAACCUUAACCUUAACCAAAUUAAUAAAAAAAUCCAAAAAGAAACGACUUUAUAAAAUCGAUAGGGCGGUUUGCUGGAUGGAAAAUAGUGUUAACCUACGAGUGAUUGCAUCCAAUUAACAUAAACUGUCAACCAUUGUGAUUGGAUGAAAGCAUUCGCACUCUUGUGAUGAAUGGAAAAGAGGCGUUACGCCAUCAUGUACUUACGCCUUAUUAAUUUCGUACCCGUUGCCAAAUUGACAAGGGAAUUUUUGAAAAAUCUCAUAAAACAAGCAUCUACUAUAAGAUAUGCCGUGUGUACGUAAUGGCGUAAGACGAUGGCGAGCUUGUACAAGCAACGUAUCUCGUAGCCAAAUCUAAAUCUGUCUACUAUAUCGCUCGAGGCUUUACAGUGUCUCAGGAGACUACAAUCCUGGUCAAAACCAUCUGCGACACUAUAAUGCAACAUUAAUGCCUCAGUCUCUGUGGUUUUGCUCCACUAUUCUUCCCUCGGUGGGCCUGCACGCGGGCUAUGGUUUUGCUUUUCUAUUGGACCGGAAUAAUUUACUCGUCCCCCCCUCCACGCGCCCCAUAACGAUGCAUUAAAAUUGCUUUAACCGUAUUCUGGGAAUGCAAUCGACAUUGAAUGGUGGGGUAAGGGGGGAGAUAAUAUUACGAAAGUUGGUCAAAUAAUUGCCAGUUGGAAGUGUCGCAGAUGUUUUGUCUGGGACUGUAGUUAGAGAUCAGUGAGCUAGACUCAGAAAGCCUUUAGAGCUUAGUAAAGUUUUGUUUAAAUAUACGAGAUGAGCUUCACCAUACAUAUUACUUAAAGAAGCAAAACAUGCAUAAUUAAAAAACAAUAACACUAUUAAUCAUUUUCUUAUUUUGCUCUAAUUACAUAAUAAAGCCACGUGCAUGUAAUGUAUAGCAGAGUCACUAUCUGAGGAUCAAUAAGAGUUUUACAUAAUCUGUGACCCGCAGUGGAUCUCUCGAGGGGGACAUUCUGGCCCCCCCCCUCCCCCCCCCAACAACUUGGCAUAAUGUUAGGGUCUGAGCUAAGGGCAUUUUUGGCUAUAGGGACAAUGGCAUUACAGAUUAGCUGCUGAUUGCCACAAAAUUUUGUUUUUCUUAGGAAUAUCACCUAUAUCACAGAUGAUAGAUUGUAACAUUUCUUGAGUAUUUACUACACGGCCACCAUGUUGGUGGUCCAAUAUUAUGCAAUCUCAGACCACCAACCUGGGGGCCGUGUAGUAAAUGCACAAGGAAAGAUAUAUUUUAUCACACAGGUCCACAAUUGUGUUUGAUGUUAAGUAUAUAAAGCUUUUGAAAGCCCACCGAACUAUUUCAACUUAGGUUUGGAAAACCGCAUAGCUUAUAACAGCCUUUCAAAAUAAUGCUGACGUCAGCAAUAUAAAUUAUUCAAGCCCCUUUAACUUGCGAAUGAAUUACUGUAUCGACUUGAAAUUUGCUAGGAAUACUUGUAGUGAGGAUAUACAAAAUAUAUAAAAUGGGCAACUAUACAUGUUAAAUGCUUAAGCUUUUAGAAUUUUUAUGACGUCACAUGCAAACACUCUAUACCAGUAUAGCAUGUACUGUAACUGACGUCAUGCAGAUUGCAUUUUUGUCUGCCCGAAACUGUAAAUAUGCAAAUAACUGCAUAAUUACAGUAUGUCCCGUUGAUAAAAUUUACAACUAAAAUCCAGAUUAGCUUAUGUCUUUUGCUGCUUUUCAAUGAUCCUUAAAAAUCCAGAGCAUCGUGGAAGUGAUCUGGCCUCAACUUGUGUGCAACAUUUUAUCAUGCUAUUGAUGACAUCUUCACACAUAUCUUGUUGCAAAUUGUUUUCU